AAUAAAUCGGAUAAAUUAUCUUAAAUCUAUCAAAUGAGGACACUUCUUCAUUUGGAAUCCCUGUAAGAGAUACUCGAUGCAGUGUCAAGAAACAACCGCCGUCGCAGAGGAGGAGGAGAAAGGCGGCGCACUCAUGGAGAAGAAGCUGAAGAAGAAGACGCUCCUGUUUCUUCCUCACGAAUUGAUCAUCCAAAUCCUCAUGAGGUUACCAGUGAAAUCUCUUUUGCGUUUCAAAUGCGUUUGUAAGUUAUGGUUUUCUCUUAUCUCCAAUCCCCAUUUUGCAAAUUCACAUUUUCAACUUUCCUCCGCAACACCCACUCGUAGAAUUCUGCUCAUGUCAAGUUUACUUCCUCGUGAAUCUAGAUCUAUAGAUCUUGAAGCAGCAUCAUCGCUUGACGAUUAUACUGCUUCUGUUUCACUCAACCCUAAUUUUAUGCCAUUUCAAUCUUAUUCUCAUAUUGAAGUUAAAUGUUCAUGUAGAGGUUUUAUACUUUUGCACUGUUACAGUCAAAUGAUGCUCAAUAUCUACCUAUGGAAUCCAUCCACUGGAUUUCACAAAAAAAUACCUUUGUCUCCUUUUGUACAACAUUACCAUGAUUUCUAUGGUUUUGGGUAUGAUCAGUCAAAAGAUGAUUACUUACUGGUUUCAUUGUCCUAUCAUCACUUGGAGAUUUUCUCAUUGAGAGCUAAUGCGUGGGAGGAAAUUGUUGCUACUGCCCGUUUGCCUUUUGGUAGGGAUGACUCUUCCGCUGCUGCUCGUCCCGUAGUAGAGUUGCUCUUCAAUGGGUCUAUUCACUGGAUGGCUCGUUGUCGUGAUAUAUAUGUCAUUCACACUGUUAUUGUUGCCUUUCAUUUAACGGAAAGGAAACUUCUAGAGAUUCCUCUCCCAGUUGAUAUUAACUAUAAUUCAAGUCAAUGUGAUUUAUGGGUAUUUAAAGGAUUUCUCAGUCUAUGGGUUUCAGGGUACAAUACAACAGUUGAUAUAUGGGUGAUGAAAGAAUACCAAGUUCAUUCAUCUUGGAGUAAGACUCUUGUUCUUACUAAUGAUUUCUUCCACUACAUUUCCCCUAUAUGUUGUACCAAAAGAGGUGAUAUUAUUGGAAAAGGUGGCGGUACAGGUACUGAACGUGAAUUUCAUUUGAGUCUGUAUACAGCUCCUCUAGAGCAUAACCCCUACAGCCACACUGCACGUGGAUUAGUAAAAUAUAAUGACAAAGGAGAGCUUCUAGACCAUAACCCCUACGACCACACUGCACGUGGAUUUCAUUUGACUAUGUAUACAGAGUCUCUGCUUUCACUCCCCAGUGACAUUGAGCAAGCUUAAGAAGAUGAGACAAUCAAGAAGAAUGAGGUAGUUUAAUAUUCUCCUUCACCAUUUUCUAGGUAUUUAUAAUCAUGUUGUAUUGUCAUAUUAUUAACUACUGGAUUGCUGCAUUGGUAACAAGAGUCAGUGUGUAUGCCACAUUUGCUGAUCAAAUAUGUCAUGAAACAUUAUUGGUUAAGUAUUUGUAAUAUGUUUAUAGGAAAUAUUGACAGCUUUACUUGUGUGAUUCACUAUUAUUUAUGCAUGUGUAACUGGAUUGUGUUGUAAUGUAUGUUUAGGUCACUGCUUGAAAUUGUUUUAUAUGGUAAA